AUUUUACAUAAGCAACUUGCAGAACCCCGUGAUCGCCUCCUUUUUUCCUGGCACAACGAUCUCUUCUUCUGAUCUUCUUUCACCGCGAUUCUCUCCUUCUAAUCUCCUUCUCCGAUUGUCCCUCUCGAUUCCCUCUCGAUUCCCUCUCGAUUCUUUCUUAUUCUGAUGCUCUUCAGUUACCCUUUAUGAUUCUCCCCCAAUUGAAACCCUAAUUAGUGAGAAGAGUACUGAUUUUGAGAGGAGCAUGCAAUCAAUUGAUGAGAAUAUGAUAGAAUCUGCUGCAGGUUGGGGAGAUUUGGAAGGUAGCCUUUUACUAAAAAUAUUUAAACAGCUACCUCGAGAAGAUUUGAUAUCAUCAACCUGGUUCGUUUGUAGGUGGUGGAGGUCAUUUUCUUCAGCAAUUUUGUUCUGGAAGGAAGAAUCCACACUUGAGCUAAGAACUGAUGUAAAACGUUUAAGCAGAUCCAGAAAGACGGAUCCUUCCCAAAGAUUGAAAGAAGCACUUAAAUGUGUCAUGGAUUGCUUUCCCAGGGGCAGCAGUAGUCACAAUUGUGCUGCUGUUAGGACCAUACUGUUUCCACGCCCUAUGGUUUUACUUGACAUGCAUAUAAAUCUGGUUGCCAAGAGGUCCCUAAAGCUUAGGAAGCUUAUACUUCCAAAAGCAUAUACCAAGUGCAAGAAUCUUGAGAAGCUUAAUUUAUCUAAGCGUGGCAGAAUGUUCUACGACUAUCCAUCUAUUUAUGGUCCUGGAUUGGGAAAACUUUAUGGGAAGGAAAUUUCAGUAGAGGUUAAAGGGGACAAAGCCUAUCAAAGCAUGAGAUGGUUUAUGCAUACUUUGGAUGAGAGUUAUACUCCAAAAAGGGGGGUAAAAGGCUUAUGGAGUAUAUGGUUUCUUUGCGCAUAAACCCCCUGGAAGCCCUUCAAUUGAUUGUUUUUGAAACCCUAAAGCUCCUCAACAUACUUUAUAUUAUUGUUAUAAUUAGACUAAAAUACAGUAUUCGAUUACAUUUCAUUAUGUGAGUCGCAUAACCACUUUUACCUCAUUAUUCUUUGUUACUCUCAUGCUGUUAUAAAUAUGGUUCAACUUA